AUGCCGGUUGAUUUAGAUAACUCCUCUACGGUUUCCGGCGAUGCAAGCGUCUCGUCGACCGGAAACCAAAACCCACCUCCAAAACCUGCCGGGAAGAAGAAGCGAAACCUUCCCGGAAUGCCUGAUCCAGACGCGGAAGUGAUAGCCUUGUCGCCUAAAACUCUGAUGGCGACGAAUCGAUUUGUCUGCGAAAUCUGCAACAAGGGCUUUCAACGAGACCAGAAUCUCCAGCUCCAUCGUCGAGGCCACAAUCUACCGUGGAAACUCAGGCAGAGAUCGAGUAAAGAAGUGAGGAAGAAGGUCUACGUUUGUCCAGUGGCGGGCUGCGUCCAUAACGACCCGUCACGCGCUCUAGGAGAUCUUACCGGAAUUAAGAAACACUUUUGUCGGAAACACGGCGAGAAGAAAUGGAAGUGUGAGAAAUGUUCGAAGAAGUACGCUGUUCAGUCAGAUUGGAAAGCUCAUUCGAAGAUUUGCGGAACCAAAGAGUAUCGAUGCGAUUGUGGAACUCUGUUUUCUAGGAGAGAUAGCUUCAUAACGCACAGAGCUUUCUGUGAUGCGUUGGCUGAAGAGAGUGCGAAGAAUCAUACUCAAAGCAAGAAACUUUAUCCAGAAAGGAAGAACACAGAACCUGCUCAGAAAUCUCAAGCCGCCGUUAAUUCUCCUCCUCCACCACCGCAGCCUCCUUCUCCACCGUCGGUGACUUUACCUCCACCAUCUGUUGAGCCUGAGCCUGCCAAAAUCGUAUCUUCCCCGGUUUUAUCAAUACGGAAUUGUUCAGAAUCUCCAGAAAACAACCCUCAUGAAGAUAUCAUCGAGGAAGCUCAAAGAACAAUCGGUUUCAAUGUGAGCUCAUCGUCUCUAAGCAACGACCACAGCAACAACAACAACAGCGGAUACGCAGGCUUGUUUGUAUCAUCUUCAGCUUCGCCUAGUUUAUAUGCUUCUUCAACUCCUUCCCCAAGUCUAUUCGCACCAUCUUCCUCAAUAGAGCCCAUCUCUCUCUGUCUCUCCACGAAUCCUUCUUUGUUCGGACCAACGACAAUGCAAGACCAUCAUCCGCCGCAUUUCUUAACACCUCUGCCUCCUCAACCGGCAAUGUCAGCAACCGCAUUGCUCCAAAAAGCUGCUCAGAUGGGUUCCACAGGCUCAGGAGGCUCGUUGCUCCGCGGGUUAGGGAUAGUCUCAACUACUUCGUCAUCUAUGGAACUUAGCAGUCACGACGCGGCUUCCGGUCUUGGACUGGGGCUGCCUUGUAGCAGCGGUGGUAGUGGAUCAGGUCUGAAAGAGCUCAUGAUGGGGAACUCUUCGGUGUUUGGUCCGAAACAGACGACACUCGAUUUUCUCGGGUUGGGAAGAGCUGUUGGGAAUGGUGGUAAUCCCGGUGGCGGAUUGUCUGCUCUGUUGACUUCGAUCGGAGGUGGCGGCGGAAUCGAUGUGUUUGGGAAUGGGGAGUUUUCAGGCAAAGACAUUGGUAGAAGUUCGUAA